AUGACCCCUGCGCGGGUGAGUGGGCCGAGUUCCUGGCCUGCUGCGUCGCUCUGGUUCCGAGAGGCCUCGGGGCCAGGCAGGAGGCCAAGAAGGCCGCCGGGAAUCUCUCGGUCGUCGUCUGCUCCUGAGGCGAGGCCGUGGCCGGUCGAGGGCCUCGUCCGGGCGCGGGUGGCGCGGUGGCGACGAGAAGCGCUGUCGCCGGGGGGCUCGUUCUCGCUGUGCGUAAACCCAGCCUCGCCCGUGGCCCGCGAGGCCCCGCCCCUGCCUCUCUCGCCCGCCGCCUCCGCCAGGUCGCUGCCGGUCGUUCCCAGGUCCAGGGCUCUGCGGGCGCGCGCACCUGAGCACGCAGUUAAUCUCUUCCACUCCCCAGCGCACGUCUCUGCUCUAACCUUUGUCUGGAGCACAGGCAUGUCUGUGACCUUUGAAGAUGUGGCUGUGAUGUUCACCCAGGAGGAAUGGGGGCAGCUGGAUGUGACCCAGAGGACCUUGUACUGGGAGGUGAUGCUGGAGAUCUGUCAUCUUCUGUUCUCUCUGGGCUGUCCUUUGUCCAAACAAGAGCUGAUCUACCAGUUGGAGCAUAGUGAGGAGUUAUGGAUGGUGAAGAAAGAUACCUCCCACAACUCCUGUCCAGGUCACAGCAGAAAACCCAAGGCUACAGAACCUACCCCUUCUCAUCUGGUAUUGCCUGAGGGAAUCUCAUUCCAGGACCAGCUGACACAGGGAGCCUCAAAUGAUCUGCAGUUCCAACAGGCCAGGGAUCAGGAUGUGCCAAGUGAAAAGGAAGGCCUGUUGAUACCAGAGAUAGAUGCACAGAGGGAGAGAUGUACUGAGAAAAUUAGUUCUGAACAUGAAGGUUUGGGGUCAGGUAAUAGUGUAUGUUCAAGGAUUAUACAGGAGCAAGUUUUGUCAGAAGUUACUCUCUAUAAAUAUGAAUCACAAGGACCAGUUACAGAUCUCUCAGUUCUUGAGGGGAAAAAUUCCUAUAAAUGUGAGGAAUGUGGAAAAAUGUUUAACAAAAAUUGCCUCUUCGUUCAACAUGAGCACAUUCACACUCAGAUGGAACCCUUGAAUGCACAGAAUGUGGGAAAGCCUUUAGCAAGAGUACACAUCUCCUUCAUCACCACAUCAUCCAUACUGGCGAGAAGUCCUAUAAAUACAUGGUGUGGGAAGGACUUUACCUGCAGGUCAUAGCUCACACAGCACCAGCAGACUCACAUAGGAGAGAAGCCUUUUGUGUGCUCUAUAUGCGGUGUAUGCGGAAAGGCCUUCAGUGAUGGGUCACACCUUAGACAGCACCAACGGAUUCACUUGGGAGAAAAGCCUUAUAAGUGCAGUGAAUGUGGAAAGGCCUUCAGCUGGGGGUCAUAUCUUAAAUGGCACCAGCGGAUUCACACGGGAGAAAAGCCUUAUAAGUG